GAAAACAGUCCUGUAUCUAUACUAAAAACCUGCGCAGAUUUUUCUAGUUGCAGUCGGAUCAAGAAAAAACAUUUGGUUGGGCAUUCUCGUGUUGUCACUUCAUUGUUGAUGCGUUAAGUUGGCCGCUGCCUAGCAACAGAUCUCAGUCAUCGCGAUAGAUAGCAUAAAAGGAACGUAUCGGUGUAUGUUGAUUCAGUUUAUUUCAAAUUCAACUGAGGUCGUUGCAAAGUCUGUUGGAGAAGGAGGAAGUCUUAUACCUUUGUUGUAUGUAGGAAAUUUAUGUGGUUUGAUUGCAUAUUGACAGCAGAUACGACAACACAUAUCUUUGUUUUUACGGGGAUGUUUUAUUUAUUUUGUAUAAUAAAGUGUUCCGUGAAGUGAAAAUGCCUCCCAAGCAAAGGAAAAUUGCCAUAAUGGGCUAUAGAUCAGUGGGAAAGUCAUCAUUGAGCAUUCAGUUCGUUGAAGGACAGUUUGUGGACUCGUACGAUCCAACAAUAGAAAACACAUUUACAAAGUCAACACGGGUCAAUGGCCAGGAGUAUGAAUUGAAGCUUGUUGAUACAGCUGGGCAAGAUGAAUAUUCAAUAUUUCCAGCUCAAUAUUCAAUGGAUAUACAUGGUUAUGUCCUGGUCUAUUCAAUUACUUCAUCGAAGUCCUUUGAAGUUGUACAGAUAAUAUAUGACAAAUUACUUGACAUGACAGGGAAAGUCCAUGUCCCUAUUGUUCUGGUAGGCAACAAGACAGAUCUCCAUAUGGAACGGAUGAUCAGCACUGAGGAAGGAAAACGGCUGGCUGAUUCUUGGAAAGCAGCUUUCCUUGAGACAUCUGCUAAACAGAAUGAGUCUGUGGCAGACAUCUUUCACACAGCUUUGCUUGAGAUUGAAAAAGCAAAUGGCAAUGUCCAGGAGAAAUCCAGUUGUGUCAUUUCAUGAGCAGAAAUCCACAGCCUGCUGCCCAGGAUGAGAGCAAGAGCAAGCUGCCAUUUCCACGUAAAUUAAUUCCAAUGACACUGUAAGAAAUAAUACCAGGGGUAUUUUAUAUGAUUUGUGUCCAGAAUUAAUGCCCCUACUAUGUCAUUUUAGCCUUAUGUACAUAUGUGAAUCUAGAAGUAUCUGGCAGUGUAUUAUAAAUUCCAUAUUAACAUACAUAUAAUAGCUAAAUACAUUAUAUUUCAGAGUAGACAACCUGCUUCUUGCAUUGGGAAAAGCUUCUUUACUUGAUAUGCACUUGUAACAGGGCACUUUUUAUGGAACAGUAAGUGACUGCACUGAUGUGGAACAGGCAAGAUUUGAGAUUUGUGUUCAUAUUUUCUCAUGUUAGUAGAUUUUUUUCUUGUUCCGCCCUAUAAAAAUGUUUGAGGAAUGAAGCUCAGAUGAGAAGUAUUGAGACUCAUGAAUUAGUAUAGAAUAUACAAAUCAGAAAUUUUAAAUUGCAUUAUCCCAUGUUUUUUAUGUAUUCAUUCACAUUGUUUGGAUACUAAUUAUUCACAGCAUCAUGUUAUCAGCAUAUGCCUUUGAUAUCAUUUGGAAGAUGUUGGCCCUGGUUCAUUUUAGUUACAAAUAAUUGAUAUUAUAUAUAUAACUGUGAGACUGGAUUUAGAACAUAAGUGUGACUUAUUAUUGGCAUACCCCUUAAUAACUAUCCUUAUGCUGAAGUAUUAUUUAUCCUGUGUAACACAUUACAUAACUUUUAUUUUGAGAGAAUCAUUAAGAUGGAAUACAUAUUAAUAGACUUAUAUUAUCAGCAGUGAUUAUGAUUUAUUAUUUUAGAUGUAUUUAUGGUUAUUGUAUAUAAUCUUGAAUGUAAAUUGUUAGGGUUUAUUUUGAGGUUAGAUUGGAUCACAAAAUAUCUGUGCUUUAUGAAUAUGUAUGUAUGAAGAAGUUCAAAAAUUAUGAUAGAGCAUAAUUAUACUUUUUGUCAUAAUUUAUAUUAUUUUUAGCAUUCAAGUACACAUUGUUAGCACUUACGUAAACAUAGUGUCCUAUGGCAUAUUAUGAUAUUCUUAUGAACACCUAUAGUGCAUAAAUGUGGAUCCCCGUGCAUAUCUACAGCUCAGUUCUCAUUGUGAGGACAGGUUGUGUUGUACAAUAAAGAGUGUAAACCAGUAUGAGACCAGUUGCUUGUAUGUGGAUAUCCACUUGCAGCUAAUAUUAUGAAAUGCAAAAUGUCUUGGAAUAGUA